UCGCGGGACAGCUACUCCUCUAAAACCAAUUUGCUACCAAAAUCCCCCAGUGCAUGAUCGUUGCAGCUGGUAACAAACGUAAAUGUUUUACUGACUGGCCGUCAUAUAAUUGAAGCUAAUGCAUUUGAACAAAACAUGAUUGGUAGGCUUCAUGCCUGUGUAUCUUAUUUUUGAUCAUACAAUUUCAUUGCAACUGAUAGCUAUGGUAAAAUUGUAGACUGUUUAAAAAUAAAACACAAAAUUCAUCAUGGUUGCUAUAGCGAAAUCUGCUGUCAAGUCGUAGGUAGCCUAAAGUCUGGCGCUGCAUGAUCGAAUGUACACAGCUUGCGCCGCGGAACACCCUUGGAACCCCGCUGACACAUCCGCUGGAACACCCGCUGGAACCAAGCAUGAGAAGGUGUUGGAAGCUAGCUAGCGCGAGCUGUUAGCCAACGAGGUCAUAUCGUAGACAUGUCUUGAGAAUGGCACUGUGCUGAUAGGUUACCUACCAAUCAGCAGAAAACAACACUGGAGAUCAGAUGAUCUGAAACAUGAAGGGUGAGGGUUUUAACACAAGAUAAGACCAGCUCUUUUAAGGAGAUAAGGAACUAUUUUCUAUUAACUUUGUGUGUGAGGACUACAGAAAUGCCUCCUAGACCUUCUUCUGGUGAAUUAUGGGGCAUCCAUUUGAUGCCCCCCCGGAUCUUUGUGGACUGCUUGUUGCCAAACGGGAUGAUCCUGACCCUCGAGUGCCUCCGUGAGGCUACGCUCAUCACCAUCAAACAUGAAGUGUUCAAGGAGGCCAGGAAGUACCCCCUGCAUCACCUACUACAGGAGGAGACCUCUUACAUAUUUGUCAGUGUUACGCAGGAGGCAGAGCGAGAGGAGUUCUACGAUGAAACUAGGAGACUAUGUGAUCUCAGGCUCUUUCAGCCUUUUCUGAAGGUCAUUGAACCGGUUGGUAACCGAGAGGAGAAAAUUCUGAACAGAGAAAUUGGAUUCGCAAUUGGUAUGCCUGUUUGCGAGUUUGACUUAGUAAAGGACCCUGAGGUGCAGGACUUCAGGAGGAAUAUUCUUAACGUCUGUAAGGAUUCAGUAGAACUCAGAGAUGCCAAUGGACCCCAUAGUCGGGCUUUAUAUGUCUACCCUCCCAAUGUUGAAUCGACACAAGAACUUCCAAAGCACAUCCAUGGCAAACUGGACAAAGGUCAAAUCAUUGUAGUGAUCUGGGUGAUUGUCUCACCCAACAAUGACAAGCAGAAAUACACCCUGAAGAUCAACCAUGAUUGUGUGCCAGAACAGGUGAUAGCUGAGGCCAUCAGGAAGAAGACCAGGAGCAUGCUGUUGUCCCCUGAACAACUCAAGAUGUGUGUGCAGGAGUACCAGGGCAAGUACAUCCUCAAGGUGUGCGGCUGUGACGAGUACCUCCUGGAGAAAUGCCCCCUGAGUCAAUAUAAGUAUGUGAGGAGUUGCAUCAUGCUUGGCAGGAUGCCCAACCUCAUGCUGAUGGCGAAGGAUAGCCUUUAUUCUCAGUUACCCAUGGACAACUUCACCAUGCCCUCGUACGCCCGGCGCAUCUCCACCGCCACCCCGUACAUGAACGGAGAGUCCUCCACCAAGUCUCUGUGGACCAUCAACGGAACCCUGCGGAUACGAGUGCUCUGUGCCACAUACGUGAAUGUGAACAUUCGGGAUAUAGAUAAGAUUUAUGUGCGAACCGGCAUCUACCAUGGAGGGGAGCAGAUGUGUGACAACGUGAACACGCAGCGUGUGCCCUGCUCUAAUCCCAGGUGGAACGAGUGGCUGACCUACGACAUGUACAUUCCCGACAUCCCCCGGGCGGCCCGCCUCUGUCUCUCCAUCUGCUCUGUGAAAGGCAGGAAAGGGGCGAAGGAGGAGCACUGUCCACUGGCGUGGGGGAACGUCAACCUGUUUGACUACACUCACACCCUGGUCUCUGGUAAAAUGGCUCUGAACCUGUGGCCUGUACCUCACGGCCUGGAGGACCUACUCAACCCCAUCGGAGUCACAGGCUCCAACCCCAACAGGGAAACUCCUUGUCUAGAGCUGGAGUUUGACUACUUCAGCAGUCCUGUCAAGUUCCCAGACAUGACCACCGUGGAGGGACAUGCUAACUGGACCAUAUCCAGGGAGCUAGGUUUCAGCUACUGCCAGUCAGGCCAGAGUAACAGAGUGGCACGAGACCACGCCUUAACGGACAGUGAUAACGAGCAGCUGAGACAGGUGUGCAACCGAGACCCCCUGUCUGAGAUCACAGAGCAGGAGAAGGACUUCCUCUGGAGGCACAGGCACUACUGUGUAAAUAUACCCGAAAUCCUGCCCAAGAUCCUGCUGGCUGUGAAGUGGAACUCCAGAGAUGAAGUAGCACAGAUGUAUUGCCUUCUAAAGGAUUGGCCAGCAAUAAAACCAGAGCAAGCCAUGGAGCUGCUGGAUUGUAACUAUCCAGACCCAAUGAUCCGUGACUUUGCUGUUCGGUGCCUUGAGAAGUACUUGACCGAUGAUAAACUCUCUCAGUACCUCAUUCAGUUGGUCCAGGUUCUGAAAUAUGAGCAGUACCUUGAUAACCCACUGGUACGAUUUCUACUGAAAAAGGCCUUGACUAACCAAAGGAUAGGACACUUCUUUUUCUGGCACUUAAAGUCUGAGAUGCACAAUAAGACGGUGAGUCAGCGGUUCGGCCUGCUGCUGGAGUCCUACUGCCGGGCGUGUGGCAUGUACCUGAAGCACCUGAGCAGACAAGUGGAGGCCAUGGAGAAACUCAUCAACCUCACCGACAUUCUCAAACAGGAGAAGAAGGACGAGACUCAGAAGGUGCAGAUGAAGUUUCUGGUGGAGCAGAUGAGGAGGCCAGACUACAUGGACGCCCUGCAGAAUUUUACCUCCCCCCUCAACCCUGCACACCAGCUGGGAAACAUACGGCUUGAGGAGUGCAGAAUCAUGUCAUCUGCCAAAAGACCACUGUGGCUCAACUGGGAAAACCCUGACAUCAUGUCCGAGCUCCUCUUCCAGAAUAAUGAGAUCAUAUUCAAAAACGGAGACGACCUGCGACAGGACAUGCUAACACUUCAGAUCAUCAGAAUCAUGGAGAACAUUUGGCAGAACCAGGGUCUAGACCUCAGGAUGUUGCCGUACGGCUGCAUGUCUUUAGGUGACUGUGUGGGGCUGAUCGAGGUGGUGCGGAGCUCUCACACCAUCAUGCAGAUCCAGUGUAAAGGUGGCUUGAAGGGGGCGCUACAGUUCAACAGCUCAACACUACACCAGUGGCUCAAAGACAAGAACAAGGGAGAGAUGUAUGACCUUGCCGUUGACUUGUUUACACGAUCCUGUGCUGGGUAUUGCGUGGCGACUUUCAUCCUAGGCAUCGGUGACAGACACAACAGUAAUAUAAUGGUGAAGGAUGAUGGGCAGCUUUUUCACAUAGAUUUUGGCCAUUUCCUGGACCACAAGAAAAAGAAAUUUGGCUACAAGCGAGAGCGAGUUCCGUUUGUCCUAACUCAAGACUUCUUGAUUGUGAUCAGCAAAGGGACCCAGGAGUGCACGAAGACAAGAGAGUUUGAGAGAUUUCAGGAGAUGUGCUAUAAGGCCUACUUGGCCAUUCGUCAGCAUGCCAACCUCUUCAUCAACCUGUUCUCCAUGAUGCUGGGCUCCGGGAUGCCCGAGCUGCAGUCCUUCGAUGACAUCGCCUACAUCCGUAAAACCCUGGCCCUGGACAAGACUGAGCAGGAGGCCCUGGACUACUUCAUGAAGCAAAUGAACGACGCCCACCAUGGCGGCUGGACCACCAAGAUGGACUGGAUUUUCCACACCAUCCGCCAGCACGCGCUUAACUAAGUCCAGGCAGGACAUCCGCCAGCCCUGCCCGGCCAGACACACCAGCCAGCUGUGAGUGGAACAUCCAAACCUCAUGAACUAAUGGGUGAUGCUUGACUAUCCUAUCGAGCACUUAACAAUCCAGAGUGAUUUAUUAUUAUUUUUUUUACUGUAUUGGUUUUCCCUGCAGAAACUUACCAACUAACUCGCCUUGUCUAAAACGGUAGUUUUUUUGCCUGUAAUAUUUUUUUAACCUUUUGUGUGUGCUUUUUUCUUUGAAUAUAAAUCUUCCCUCGUUCCUUUCCUUUUUGUAAAAGAGAAGAGUUUGCCGUCCCGUUUACAGGGUCACGUGUAUAGAUGUCUUCCUGUAACGUAAAUGCCUUUUGAAUAUGCACGGAACAUCCCAGAAAAAAAACGGUAUGAAUUCAGUCAUUUUUAGAUGUGCAGCCUACUCCACCUGUUGUAAAAAAAAAAAAAAGAUAACCCCCUGAAAGGCAGCACCUUGAAGUGUUACAUUG